AUCAUAACUCCGGUCGAAGGACCGGUCAACGUCGAACAGGAAGUAAAGUCAUGCUCUGAUAAAAGGGACCUACUGUCUUAUACUGGAUGAACAGGUCACUAAACCUUCAUUUCUGCCUCACUCGAUCUUCACAUCACUUAGAGACUCGCCACGAAAUUUGAAAAAUGGCAGACAAGGUGCUGGUCACAGGUGGAGGAGGCUACGUUGGUAGUCAUUGUGUGCUGGAACUGAUUGAAGCAGGCUACAAACCCAUUGUGGUUGAUAACUUCAGCAAUGCUAUCAGAGGACAAGGGGGUGUGCCAGAGAGUAUACGCAGGAUUGAAAAAAUUCUGGAUACCAACAUUGAGUUCCAUGAACUUGACCUACUGGACAGGGCCGCCUUGGAUGCGAUUUUUAAAAAGCAUUCUUUCAGUGCCGUGAUGCAUUUUGCUGGCCUCAAGGCUGUUGGAGAAUCUGUGAAGCAGCCAUUACGCUACUACAGGGUCAACCUCACCACCACUAUGAAUCUGCUGGAGGUGAUGCAGGCUCACGGGGUGCGCAAUCUGGUUUUCAGCAGCUCGGCCACAGUUUACGGCGACCCCGAGCGUCUGCCCAUCGAUGAGCAGCACCCUGUAGGGGGCUGCACCAACCCCUAUGGAAAGACCAAGUACUUCAUAGAGGAGAUAAUCAAGGACCAUUGCAAGGCUGAGAAGGACUGGAAUUCCGUGUUGCUGCGAUAUUUCAACCCCAUCGGUGCUCAUUCCUCUGGUCUCAUUGGAGAAGAUCCUCAGGGUAUUCCCAACAACCUAUUGCCAUAUGUCGCUCAGGUUGCUGUUGGGAGAAGGCAGUACCUCAGUGUAUUUGGGAAUGACUACGACACACUGGAUGGGACAGGUGUGCGAGAUUACACUCAUGUUGUCGAUUUGGCAAAGGGACACAUUGCAGCAUUGAAGAAGCUGAAAGACAACUGUGGGUGCAAGGUUUACAACCUAGGAACAGGAGUAGGCUACUCCGUCCUCCAGAUGGUAAAUGCUAUGAAGAAGGCAUCAGGGAAGGAAGUUCCCUACAAGAUUGUAGAACGUAGAGAAGGAGACGUAGCAUCGUGCUACGCUGACCCUCGCCUGGCUGAGAAGGAGCUUGGUUGGAAGGCUAACUUUGAACUGGAAAGAAUGUGUGAGGAUCUGUGGCGCUGGCAGUCGAUGAAUCCUAACGGAUUUUCCAAGGGGGCUUCCUGACACCACGGUCAAAGCAUUCAUUGGAACAUGAAAAAAAUCAUUAAGGGAAAUGCUUUAUACUUGACUUUUUAAAUACUUUAUGGGGCAAUGAUCCAUAUUUGUUUACUAGCGGGUGUUAUCAGUGGGUGUCUGAAAUUUGUCUGAAAUACCUUGCAUGAGGUAGUAGAACAGAAACAUUUAUUUUAACUAAAUCAACAAAAAUUAUGUUAAUAGCAAAAUAUAAAAAUAUACUACACUGACACAUCUCUAUGAUUAUGAUUAUGAUUAAUAAUUAAAUGACUAUAAACUUU